AUGGAGAAAACAAGCUUCUGUAGUAAUGCUGCCUCUUCUCUGAAUUACAAGGUUUUCAGCACCUCUGUUCCUAAACAAGGAAACCUUUUGAACGUGGCUGGAGAUGGCCUUUUCUGGAAUGAGGCAGAUGUGGUCCAGGCAACCAACAACUUCAGCCAUGACAGUAAAAUCAGUGAGGGCACCUUUGCAGUCACCUACCGAGGGCAAAGGCAUGGCACACUGUUGGUCUUCAAGAAGCUCAGUGAGGCAGCCUGCUCAAGCCCAGGAGCAACUGAAAGAUUCUUCCAGAAGGAACUGCAGGUUUGUCUGAGAUGCUGCCACCCCAAUGUCUUACCUCUGUUUGGUUUCUGCACUGGAAGAGGGUUUCACAGCUUGAUCCACCCCUACAUGGCAAAUGGUUCCUUACAGGACAGACUCCAGGAUCAGGGUGGCUCAGCCCCUCUGUCCUGGCCCCUGCGAAUCAGCAUCUGCUCUGGGCUGUUCCAAGCAGUGGUGCAUCUGCAUGGCCUGGAGAUCAUCCAUAGCAACAUCAAGAGCUCUAAUGUUUUGCUAGACCAGAACUUCAUCCCUAAGCUGGCUCAUCCAGUGGCUCACCUGCAUCCUGUCAGCAAAAGGUCACAAUACACCAUGAUGAAAACCCACCUCUUCCAGGCCUCAGCUGCAUAUCUGCCAGAAGAUUUCAUCAGAGUGGGACAGCUGACCAAGCGAGUCGAUGUUUUUAGCUGUGGAAUAGUCUUAGCUGAAGUUCUCACUGGCAUUCCUGCCCUGGACAGUGGCCGGAGCCCAAUUUACCUGAAAGAUCUGCUCCUGAGGGAGGUUCCAGGUAGCACCACCACACUCUCCUCCAAGAAGAUGGACGGAGAGAAGAAGAUGGCAAAGGAGAUCUGCUCCAAGUACCUGGAGAGGCGUGCGGGGAAGCUGCCCGAGGACUGUGCCCAGGCCCUGGCCCUGGCCACCUACCUCUGCCUACGGAGGCGCAAUGCUAGCCUGGUGGAGAUCUGUGACUCUGUGAUGGCCUGGGAGGAGCGGCUCAGAGGUCAGGAGAUGUUGCUCACCUGGAGCGGGCUUUCAUCGGACACAGGUGCCUCCUCCAAUACCCCAGAAGAAACUGAUGACGUGGACAAUUCCAGCCUCAGUGCUGCCCCUUUCGUGAGGGAGGUGCCCUGGGCAGAAGCUGCCUUUUCACCUCUCCCCAUGGAGGGUGGGGAAAUGGAAGCUGACUCGCGCCUGCAGGCUUGUGCCAGCCUGCUGCCCAUACCUGAUGCUACAGAGACUUCAUGGAAAAUUGAAAUCAAUGAAGCCAAAAGGAAGCUGAUGGAGAACAUCCUGCUCUACAAAGAGGAGAAAGUAGACAGUAUUGAACUUUUUGGCCCUUGA